AUGCAUUUCCUGCGAGCGUUGAACAACGGAGUGCAGACGCAAUUCCAUUGGAAGAAGGAAAUCAUUCUGGUGACUGGAGGCUCAGGAGGAAUUGGAGCUGCAGCAGUCCAAAGACUAGCGACUCGAGGCUCAAAGAUUGUGGUUAUUGAUGUCAUUCCUCUGACCUUCCCCAAGCGGGAUAACAUAACCUAUUACAAGUGUGAUCUGACCGACUUCGAGGCCCUCAAGGCUACUGCGGCUAUCAUUGAAAGUGAAAUCGGUCGUCCAACUUGUGUCGUUGCCAACGCCGGGAUCUGUAGAGGAAAGUCUCUUUUUGAUGCCACGCAAAGGGAUAUCGAACUAACAUUCGGUGUGAACAAUCUCGGUCUUAUCUGGACAGCAAAGACCUUUAUCCCGGCAAUGGUCAAGGAAAACCGAGGUCACUUCCUCAUCAUUGCUUCUCAAACCGGGCUCCUCGCCACUGCAAACAUCGCGGACUACGCAGCCACAAAAUCCGCCGCUCUCGCCAUCUACGAAGGUCUACACACGGAAAUAAAACAUCUGCAUCAGGCCCCGAAUGUGCGGAUUUCUUGCAUUUCCCCGUCCGCGGUCCGCACGAAGAUGUUUGAUGGAAUUAAAGGCCAGUCGAAUUUCUUCUUGCCACGCCUUUCGGCGGAGGAUCUGGGCGGCCUCAUUUCGGACGUAUUGUGGAAGGGUGAGAGUCAGAAUAUUAUGACACCUGAUUUUGCUUAUAUUUCCUUGUUCUCGAAGGUUUUGCCGGAGUGGAUGCGUGUGGGCAUGCAGGAUGCGGGAGCCGAUAUUAUGACUGACUUGAAUCCACACCAUCCCCUCAAAUAG